AUGCAUGACUCGAGAACUGGCGACAGGACGCCUAUCCAUUAUACCAUGAAAACGCCCGCGAGGCUUUCUACUACUCCAGCUGCUCAAUCCCAUCCUCAUCAUACCCAUUCGCACUCGCACUCCCAUUCUCAGUCUUUGCGAGCCUCCAAACAACCCAAAACAUCGACACCUGUCGCCUCGCCUCGCAUGCCCUACUCCGUAGGCCAGUCGCUUCCCCCGAAGCUCUCUCCGCGCGUCGUCCCUGAUGCUAGAGCUCCGAGCCCGAACUACUUUGGCCUCAUCGUUGAAACGAACAAUAAUGAUCCCCGCGACGUCUCCUCUGGCCUGCCUAGAGACAACUGGAGUCCGUCUUCUUCAGUCAAGUCGUUUGGCACCGCCAUCCCCAAGCAGGUUCCACUCGAUGCGAACCCCGAGUUCGAGGCUUUCAAGAGACAGGCCGAUUUGAACAGGGGCAAGUCGUUUGCGCUCUCGACUGGCCACUACGCACCCACAGCUGCCAUGAGUCCUCUUCGACCACGACCACCGCCCAGAUGGCAUACCCUCUCGAGCGAGACAACCACCGAGUCCCCCUUCAGCCGCGCCCUGAACUCUGCCAAAGAACGACCUAUGAGCAAAAUGGAUAUUGACAUGGAAGGCACGCACGAUUCGGCCUAUGUGUCUUCGGAUUCGAAACGCAAUUCCGAAUCGUCCAUUCAGCCUCCACCAACCACCAAUUCGUUGCGAUUCGAGCCCCCGUCUUUUAUAGAUCUCCCUCCCCAGCGAACGAGUUUGACACGUUCUGAGGAUCGAGAUCCUCGAUUGUCCGUCAUGGAGCACAAGAUUGAUCCUCCCUCGCCCAGUUUCGGAGGUUUGAAACGCGCCGAGACAGUGCCUACGUCACUCGAGAUUGACCAGCCAGCUAUGAUUACAGGCCUGCAACUGCGAGACAUGAUUCGGAAUGGCGCCAAGGAUCGACUACUCAUCCUUGACAUCCGAUCAUCGCAAAACUUUGCAAACGCGAGGAUCGAAGGGGCGCUUAACCUGUGCAUCCCCACAACCCUCCUCAAGCGGGCUACCUUUAACAUCCAAAAGCUCCAGCAGACCUUCCAAAAAGGACCCGAUUCGGAAAGGUUCGCCAGGUGGCGAGAAAUGGACUCGAUUGUUGUCUAUGACGCACACUCUUCGGACAAGCGUGACGCAGUGACCGCUCAGAACAUGAUCAAGAAGUUUACCAACGAAGGUUACGCCGGGACCACCUGCAUUCUUCGAGGAGGUUUCAAUUCCUUUCAGCAGGAGUUUUCGGACCUUGUUGAUAGCCAGUCGACAGUCGACAGCUCGGGACGACCAUGCGGAGGCGGAGGAUUUGCCCCAGUCAUUGGAGGUGUAAUGCUCCCCACAGCUAACAAAGACCCGAACCCCUUCUUUUCCAACAUCCGACAGAACAUGGACUUGGCGGAUGGUGUUGGCCAGUUGGAUGUGUCGAGACCUUCAGCCCUCGAGUCCCCAUCGCUGCCUAGAUGGCUUCGCGAAGCGGCGGCCGAGCCUGACCAUGGAAAGAAGGUUUCGGACAAGUUCCUGCAUAUCGAAGUGGAUGAACAGUCUCGAAUGAAGGCGGCCUAUUCUGCCUUUAAUCCCUGCAACAGUGGCAAGCAAAACCAAAUUCAACUCUGUGGUGUUGAGAAGGGUGUCAAGAACCGAUACAAGGAUAUCCUUCCUUUUGAGCAUGCACGAGUCAAGUUACAGGAGAAGCCAACCGGGUCGUGCGACUACGUCAAUGCCAGCCAUCUCAAGGCCUCGAGGAGCAACAAGCGGUACAUUGCUACCCAGGGUCCUCUCCCAGCGACGUUCGAGGACUUUUGGUCUGUCAUCUGGGAGCAGGACGUCCGCGUUAUUGUCAUGUUGACUGCUGAAUCCGAAGGCGGGCAGCUCAAGUGCCACCCUUACUGGAAGGCAAGGGAUUUUGGCGCCAUCAGAUUGAAGCCGCUCUCCGAGAAGAAGGUAUCGCUGGACAUCGACAAGCACAGAUCUGAUUCGCAUGCACCCUCGCCAGCCACAGGCGGAGAAUAUGGCCGGAGACGUGCAAACACGACAACUACGCUGGAAUCAGUCCCGACCCCGAAGCCGAUGCAGAACCAGGCCGACAUUCCAUACGUGAUUGUGCGAAAGUUUGCCCUGUCACACGCCUCACACCCCUUUGACCCUAUCCGAGAGAUUACACACCUGCACUUCCCGUCGUGGCCCGACUUUGGAACCCCGGCCCAGCCAUCACAUCUUUUGGCACUGGUGGAACUGGCCAACGUGAUGCAGCGAUCUGCUCUCCCGAUCGAGACGUCAGUGGGAUCCAAGAUGUCAUCUGUGGAGCAUGCCCCAAUCACUUGGUACGACGAACCCGAGCUGGAUGCUCGUGCUCGGCCGAUGCUGGUUCAUUGCUCUGCGGGUUGCGGCCGCACAGGAGCAUUCUGCACCGUUGACAGUGUGAUUGACAUGAUGAAACGCCAGCGCCAGGCCAAGGCUGCUGCUUCUAGGGGUCGGGAGGUUGAAGCAGACGUGUCCAUGGGAGGUAAUGGAGGCGAUGUGUCACCGAGAAUGCAUAAGAGGAUGCACUUUGACACGGCAGGACAGAGACUGAGCAACGAGAAGCGAAUGUCACGGGGCGCAAUGCCACUGGACACUAGCUGGGUGCACGAUGAAAACGUGGACCUCAUCGAGAGGACGGUGGAGGAUUUCAGAGAGCAGCGACUGAGCAUGGUGCAAAGCCUCCGACAGUUUGUGCUCUGCUAUGAGACGAUACUGGAGUGGGUGACGAGAAUGAACGACCGAGGACCCAGUGCCCCGAGCGGCAGGAUGAGAAGUGGGAGCCUCCAGCAGCCUCGUUGCUGA